UAUAAACAUUAACCAAUAUAGUUGUAGCCAGACAAGAUGAAAAUACCAUUAGGGUGUGUGAUAGUGUUAGGGAUAAUCUUUAGUUACCUGAAUAAUCAACUUAUUAUUAGAGCUGAUGCUAUUAAAGUAAGUACUGUGGUUAAACCAUCUUUUUUCAAUAGCAUCAUUAGCCAAGCUUCUUCAUCUUGCAGGGGUAAACGUUUCUACUCGCGAGCAGCAUUUCUACGUGCUGCUAAAUCCUUCCCUAAGUUCGGAAGUGGCUCCACACUUGCUGCCAAGAGGGAGAUUGCUGCCUUCUUUGCUCAUGCUACUCAUGAGACUGGUCAUUUCUGCUACAUAGAUGAAAUUGGUGCUGCCACUACUCCAUACUGUGACCGAUCUUGCUCAAGGUAUAAAUGCAAACCAAGAAAAAGUUACCAUGGGAGAGGCCCUAUUCAGCUUACAUGGAAUUGCAACUAUGGAGCUUGUGGCAAGUACCUCGGCCUAGACCUGUUAAACCGACCUGAACUCGCGUCGUCGAACCCUACCGUGUCUUUCAAGACUGCACUUUGGUACUGGAUGACUAGGGUUCAUUCUAGAAUGAACAGAGGAUUUGGAGCAACUAUCAGGGCUAUCAAUGGUGGCGAAUGUGGUGGCAACCGACCUACUGCUGUCAAAAACCGUGUUAAGUAUUACCGCAAGUAUUGCAAGAAGUUUGGUGUUACUCCUGGUCCGAACAUUUCUUGCUAAGCGAGCUAAUAAUGGAGCUUGGUGCAUGAUAUUGUUGGCAGCAAGCUCCUGUCUAAUACGUAACAGUUGGACGAAUGUAUUAAAAUUAUAGAAGUUUCAAUGUUGUUUGUAUGCGUGGAAAUUGAGAAAAAUAAGUGUUAGAUAUACACAUGAAGAAAGUAAUGUAAUGGCUGGUAGUGUUAUAAUUAACUAAUUAAGUGAAAACAUAUGUGUGCUUCUUUAUUUUAUCUACUAACUAAGGUGUCUAAGUAGAGUCCAAAUCUUUUUUUUUAAGUACAAUUAUUGUCCAAAAAAUCUUAUUCUGUACUCAACAACUAGUUUUAUGAUAUGUGUGAUUAACAAAUUAAGUGAAA